AGAUUUCUUCCAUUGAAUAAGAGGCCUCCUCCAACAUUAAUGGCAGCUUCUUCAAACAGCUGUGAGCCGAUUUAACAUAGACUCAUGGGCAACAAUGUGCCCUCAAGGACUGCCAGAGACUUUUUCAAACGAGGAGUUAAGUUCAAACUCUGCUAAACAUCAGUAGCUGGAAAUGAAGACACUUUCCUGGGUGGCGGACCUUGGUUCCCUCUGGAAAUAUUCUCCUGCGAGUAUUUAUUUGUCUGAAUCAACGCAACCCCGCGCCAUGGACCUCCUUGGGUUGCUGAAGUCUCAGUUCCUGUGCCACCUCGUGUUCUGUUACGUAUUUAUCGCCUCGGGGCUAAUAAUCAACACCGUUCAGCUCUUCACCCUCCUUCUCUGGCCAAUUAACAAGCAGCUCUUCAGGAGGAUCAACUGCAGACUGUCCUACUGCGUCUCCAGCCAGCUGGUGAUGUUGCUGGAGUGGUGGUCGGGCACGGAAUGCAUCAUCCAUACAGACCCCCAGGCCUACCCCAAGUACGGAAAGGAAAAUGCCAUCGUGGUUCUGAACCACAAGUUUGAGAUUGACUUUCUCUGUGGUUGGAGCCUGGCCGAACGCUUUGGGGUGUUAGGGGGCUCCAAAGUCCUGGCCAAGAAGGAGCUGGCCUACGUCCCGAUCAUCGGCUGGAUGUGGUACUUCACCGAGAUGGUCUUCUGCACACGCAAGUGGGAGCAAGACCGCAAGACCGUCUCGCAGAGCCUGCUGCACCUCCGGGAUUACCCCGAGAAGUACUUUUUCCUGAUUCACUGCGAGGGCACUCGCUUCACGGAGAAGAAGCACCAGAUCAGCAUGCAGGUGGCCCGAGCCAAGGGGCUGCCCAGCCUCAAGUACCACCUGCUGCCACGCACCAAAGGCUUCGCCGUCACCGUGAGGAGUUUGAGAAAUGUAGUUUCAGCUGUAUAUGACUGUACACUCAAUUUCAGAAAUAAUGAAAAUCCAACACUGUUGGGGGUCCUAAACGGGAAGAAAUAUCAUGCAGAUUUAUACGUCAGGCGGAUUCCUUUAGAAGAAGUCCCAGAAGACGAGGAUGAGUGUUCAGCCUGGCUGCACAAACUCUACCAGGAGAAGGAUGCCUUCCAGGAGGAGUACUACAGGACAGGCACCUUCCCAGAGACCCCCAUGGUGCCCCCCCGGCGGCCCUGGACGCUCAUCAACUGGCUGUUCUGGGCCUCCCUGCUGCUCUACCCUUUCUUCCGGUUCCUCACCAACAUGAUCAGCAGUGGGUCUUCCCUGACCCUGGCCAGCUUUGUCCUCGUCUUCUUUGUGGCCUCCAUGGGAGUCCGAUGGAUGAUUGGGGUGACAGAAAUCGACAAGGGCUCUGCCUACGGCAACAUCGACAGCAAGCAGAAACGGAACGACUGACCCCGGACACGUCAGCACCCAGAGGGGACCUUGGGGACUGGUGGACGCUGUCAUCCUUAGUGGGACCCAGGGACGAAGCGGGGUGAGCCCCUGCUGGGAAGCCAGGGAGUCUGGUCUCGAUGCCAGAUGGGGAGGAAGAUGUUCUUAAAUCUUUUUUCCCCCA